UGUGUGGAUUUUAUACUAUUGUUAUUAUAUUUUAUUAGUUAUUUAAUGUAUUAUAUAUGUUUUUAUGGGAUUUGUGAUGUUGAUGUGUUGGUAUGUUGGGGGGGAGCAGUAAACUGAGACAGCAGGUUGUGUUGCCUGGUAACAGGGUGUAAACUCUGCUGCAGUGUCGGAUGAGCACAGGCUGCGGCUGCUGUUGGUGCUGUUGGUGGUUCAGCUCCAGAUAUUUAUUAUAACUACAGAGUUUAUAAUGACUUUAUUACAGAGGAAAAACAGCAGCUGGAGACGCAGAGACACAUUCCCCGCUAUCAGAGCGGCUGGUAAACUCAUACCACUGGGAGACAGGGUACAGACAUGCCUGCAGGAACUAACACCCCGGCCGGUCACACCUCCUAUGGUUAAGAAAUUUCUCAGCAGUAACCGUCCAGAGCCAGGAGCGAUACGAGUUUUCGUCGGAAGAGCAAAUGAUCCGGACAUUGCCAGCAGCCUGGUUCACGGAAUAAGCACAAGAUCAUCCAUCACUGCUGGAUCUUUGGUCAACCCACUGCCCAAGACCCGCUAUCAGGAGAAGCUGCGUGAGCUGCAGGAGGUCACGUACAACAGCAAACGCAAAGCUCCUCUCGAGAGAGCCUGUGUUAACGGUCCUGGGCUUCCAGAGUGGGUGGACCCUGAGAGAACAGCGUUCGGAGUUAAAACCAGUAUCUCUUCUAACGGUGGUGAGAUCAUUAACCCCCCCAAAACAGCGGAGCAGGUGGAAAAGGAGGCACAGGAGGGUCAUAAGCAGUACAUUCGCUCACACAGCUCCUACUUUGUGGGUGAGCGUAAAGACAGAGGUUAUGAUCUGGGUACGUAUCUGAGGGACAGCAGGUUUGGUGUGUCCACCCCUCAUCGCAAUGAUGGACACAAUGUCUCCAGGUCUCUGCAGUGGUUCUCAGACACUCAGAUGAACCACAGUGCAAAACUCGUCUCCAAGCGAUGUGACGACUUCAGAGAAAGGACCCAGCCGCAGAUAGGCAAAGUUCUCGACCCGAUUGCAGACACCUUGACUGUCCCAGCUGACCACACGUUUGGAAUUUUGCUGCGUCCCGAUGCAUUUGGUGCAGGUGACCUCAUCCACUCCACCCCUCCUUCAGAGCACCUGAGGGGGCAGGACAGGAGGCGGGCUCUGGUCAACGCUGUACGACAACACCUGAAGAAAGCCAACUUCCACAACUUCACAUCUCUGCUGCAAGCCUUCAGACACUACGACAAGAAAGGUCAGGGGAAGAUUGAUAAGCAGGACCUGCAGGACGUGUGCAGACAGUUUAACCUGGACCUCAGUGGAGACGUGCUAGAGGGUCUCGUGGACUACUGUGAUGUUGAUAAGGACGGACUUAUUAACUUCUUGGAAUUUGCAAACUUUCUCAACUGGAAGGAUAAAAUGCCGAUCCGUCCAGCAGAGCAGAGGAUUUUAACAAGAGAGCGUAAGGUUAGCACCGCUCCAGCCAACGUCCAGCGAACGAUAAUCCAGGGAUCAGAUGUACAGAAAGAGGACAGCUCAGAAAGCCUGGUCAGGUCUGAGGACCUGAAGCCUGUGGAGGUGGGGAGCCCCCUGAAGACCCCCAGAACUCUCAGCAGAUCCAGAGCAGAGCAGGAGCACUUCAUCACCUCCUCUUCAGUCAUCUCUGCCGUUGUGGGUGGUCUCCCCACUACCGAUUAUCGUACGUAUGGAGUUCCCACAGUGCGUCUGGAUCUGCCCGCCCCUCAAAUAAAGCGCGUCAGUGACCGCACGAACUACGGAGACGAGUCCACGGCGUAUAACCUGCUGUUCCCCACAGUGCACUCGCGCUAUGGCGUGCACGAGAAACACUUCUUCUCCCCUCGCACCAAAAACCAGAUGGUGCAGAUUUUCCAGAAUGUCGGCCUGAAUGUUUCUGAGCAGACGUUUGAGGAGGCCUGGAAGUUAGCAUCCAUUAGAUCUCCCACUGGAGACGUCUGUGUGGAGAGCUUCCGGAACAUUCUCAAAGAACUGCAGGCGAAUUAAAGAGAACCUGUACUGCAUGUACAAAA